UAUUCUACGGCUGGCUUCGUUUCAAGGAUCAUAGCUCCGGUUCGUUCGGUCUUUUUCGGAACAGCGAACCAGGGAAGAAGAAAGGGGCGAAUCGUCGAGCAGCGAACGCGAACCAGGGAAGAAGAAAGGGGCGAAUCGUUGAGGGCAGCACUGCGUGUCCUCCGGGCCUCCGGCGAUCUGCUGACCUGUCGAUCUUCUCCUUUAUCCCGCGGUGUGAUUCGUCUGCGCGAUCGUUUGUCCGACCAUGCCGGACGUUCAAGCUCUCGUCAAUGAUUUCGUGCUCAAGAUCAAGAGACGAAAAAUUGAGGGUUCUCAAGCUACUGCCAAGCAUACGGCGGAGCUGCUGCGGCAGGUCGUCUCGCAGCAACGAAUAACUUAUACAAAUCAGGCCGCUUCUCUUAUUGAUGCUGUGAAGGCUGUUGGGGAGCAGUUGAUUGAAGCAAACCCUGUAGAGCUUGCUAUUGGCAACAUUGUGAGGCGUGUUCUCCAUAUGAUAAGAGAAGAAAAUGUUUCUUCAGCAAUGUCUGCAGUGGAAGAAUUGGCCUUAGGUAGUGAUGAUGAUGAGGCUGAACAUGACAAUCGCAUGGGAUUAUCUGCUGCAGCUGUUGCUGCGGCUGCUAGAAGCACCCUUCGUGCUCCUUCUCUGCAAACCCUCCUUGAAGAUAUCCCUGAUUCUGCCACAGCUCCUCAUCCUCCUUCUUCAGGGGGAGAUUCUGAAGGAAAAAGCAAAUCAGCAGCAGAGAGUAGCUCGAGGAACAAAAAAUUGAAGCAUGAUGUGAUCGAGGCUAUUAAUGAACUGAUCCAAGAGAUUGAUACCUGUCAUGAAUUAAUUUCAGCACAAGCUGUGGAGCAUAUUCAUCAAAAUGAGGUAAUACUAACUCUAGGGCAUUCAAGAACAGUCAAGGAAUUUCUUUUUGCAGCUAAUGAGAAAAAAAGGUCUUUUCGUGUAUUUGUUGCUGAGGGUGCUCCAAGGUAUCAAGGGCAUGUUCUUGCUAAAGAGCUGGUUGGAAAAGGAUUGCAGACCACUGUUAUAACUGAUUCUGCUGUUUUUGCCAUGAUAUCGCGUGUAAACAUGGUGAUAGUUGGAGCUCAUGCAAUAAUGGCAAAUGGUGGAGUUAUUGCACCUGUCGGCAUAAAUAUGGUCGCACUUGCUGCUCAAAGACACGCUGUCCCAUUUGUCGUCCUUGCUGGUAGCCAUAAGUUGUGUCCAUUAUAUCCACAUAAUCCUGAGCUUUUGUUGAAUGAUUUUAAAUGCCCAUCUGAAUUGCUGGAUUUUGGAGAGUUUUCAGACUGCAUGGAUUAUGAUGGUCAAUUAGGGGAUUCUCCUCCUAUUCGUGUUGAAAAUCCUGCAUUUGACUAUGUCGCACCAAAGCUUGUCAGCCUUUUCAUCACCGAUAUGGGAGGACAUAGUCCAUCUUAUGUGUACCGGCUAAUUGCAGAUUAUUACUCGGCUGAGGACCUUGUUGUGCGACGAAAAUCAGCACCUUGAAAUUUUAUGAGGAGAUAAGAUUUUGUCUAAAUCCUUACUUUAAUAUGGAACACUAGUUAUCUGGUUAGAGAAUUUCCAUAUUAGACACCAGUCAGUUAUAGUGUAUUUUUGCACUUCAUCAUAUAGGUUCUAUUAGUCAAUGAAAAACACAAGUGGUAAGAGGAUGAAGGAUUUAUUCCAAGUUGAGGUGUAGAUUUUUGUCUCGAAUGUACGUUGUAUCAAAUUGUUUGAACGCCUUGCUGUUGUUUCU